CCCAAAGCAUAUAAAGUCAGUUGUUCAUAACAUCAUUCAUCAUCAAAAUUCUCUAAUCAUUCUCUGAAAACAUGAGGUGCAAGUCAUCCGAGAACCCGAAAAUGAAGCAUAGAAAAGGGUUAUGGUCUCCUGAUGAGGACCAAAAACUAAGAGAUUAUGUUAUGAACUAUGGUCAUGGUUGUUGGAGCGCUGUCCCGAUUAAUGCAGGGCUGCAAAGGAAUGGAAAAAGUUGUAGAUUAAGGUGGAUUAAUUAUCUUAGACCAGGAUUAAAGAAAGGGGCAUUUUCUAUGCAAGAGGAAGAAACUAUUCUAACACUUCAUGGUCUUUUAGGCAACAAGUGGUCUCUAAUAUCGCGACAUAUGCCUGGGCGGACUGAUAACGAGAUAAAGAACCACUGGCAUUCUUACCUUAAAAAGAAAGUGCCGAAAACCGAAAGUCUUGAAGAUCAAGGGAAACCCGAAUGCAAGGACUCUAACUCGGGACCUACAGAAUCGUCAAUGACACGAAACUUGAGUUUUGAUUCAUCGGCUUGCACGAAAAACAACAAACUACCCAAGAUUUUGUUUGCAGACUGGCUUAACCUUGAAGAAUUCUAUGGAGAAGAGAGGUUGGUAUGCAAGGAUGAGAUUAGCAAUGAGUCAAAUUACCAAAAUGUCCCUAUGAAUGGUAAUGAAGGAUCCACAGUCACAUAUAGCAGUGAGACAGUCAACAAUUAUUCAAGUGAAGAUAUGUUUCAUACCCAAAUGAACCUUGAUCAUGUUUUCAACUUUAACGGUGGAGAUUUCAACAUUGAAGACUUCUUGUAUAUGUAAAAUAAUUACGUCAUCAACAGGAGCGAGAGAGUGUGUGUGAGAGAGUAACAACUAAUUCAGCGAAGUGAUCAGAAAUCUUGUAAAUGUUUAUGCAUAUAAAUGUAAAUGUUAUAAGUAUACAAACAAAUAUAUAUACCAAUAAACUUGAAAGAAAA